UCUUCACGUCGUUUUUUUUUCAUGUGUUUCAGCAGCAGAUUGCUGAGUUUGUGUCUCGGGCUGAAGGUAUAAAAGUGUCUUAGCAUCACGCUCAGGACUUAUUUUGGGUCAGUUUGGGCUCGCAUCGAUGGACUAGAGAGAGAGAGACAGACAUGGAUGGUGUGUGUGUGCGGUUGGUGUGUGUGCGGUUGGUGUGUGCGUGUGUGCUGAGUGUGUGUGUCGGCGGUGACAGAAGUGACCACGCCCACCUGAACCAACAUCACCAUCAGCUGGUAUCCGACGGCAACGCAGCCUCAGAUCUGUGUGCGAUAGACCGGCCUCUCUGCCACGAUGAGAACUCUCGGCUGAGUUUCGAGGCGAUCUGCAGCAUCCACAAACUGAUGGACGACGACGCCGACGGCUCGGUGGACGCCGCCGAGACGGACGAGUUCCUCAGGGAGGAUCUGAAGUACGGGGACCCCAGAGCCAAACAGAGCAGCUUCCACCGAGCAGACCAGCACAUCAGCCUGGAGGACAUGUGGGGCGCCUGGAAGAGGUCUCUAGUGUAUCACUGGACUCUGCAGAAGGUGGAGGAAUGGCUGGUCUCCAUAGAGCUCCCUCAGUACUCGGAGAGCUUCAGGAAACACCAGCUGGAUGGAAAGGCUUUACCCAGGCUGGCGGUGAAGAGGCACCUGCCGCUGGCAGCAGCUGCUGAAGAUCUCAGAAGUGUUGUUGUGUGA